GGCGAUUCAGGUGGCCGCGCUCAGAGUCGGGCUACGGAGGCCGGGUUGCCAGAUUUCGGGAAGAUAUUUAAGAGGGUGGUAGAGUAAUAUGAAUCAGAGUAAUAUAGUAUCUGCAGGAAGUUCUACAAGAUCGAUGUAUUAGGGAAGAAGAAUUUCUGGACUGGCUAUCAAGAUCUUCAAUUAUAUACCUGUUCAAUCCAAGUCUGCCUUGGUAAAACAAUGAAUAAAAAUGCAGCUGCUGUGGCAUCAUCUGAUCUGCUUGAAAGGGAUCCUACAUUUCAGAUGAUUACAGUUACUAAGGAAACAGGCCUUGGUCUGAAGAUCCUGGGAGGAAUUAACAGGAAUGAAGGUCCCCUGGUAUAUAUUCAAGAAAUUGUUCCUGGAGGAGACUGUUACAAGGAUGGACGUCUGAAGCCAGGAGAUCAGCUCAUCUCAAUAAACAAGGAAUCUAUGAUUGGUGUAUCAUUUGAAGAAGCAAAAAACAUAAUUACCAGAAGCAAAUUGAGGUCAGAAUCUGCUUGGGAGAUAGCAUUUAUCAGACAAAGAUUGGACAGCAGUCUUCCAGAGAACCUGUCCUGUAUGUCCCGCUUACAAGCUUCAGAAGAAUAUGGCCUUCAAGGUUCAACAUUUAUGACUUCUUCCCCUGAAAUACUAAUUCCAAAGACCUCAUCUACUCCCAAAACUACAGAUGCUAUUUUACCAUCUUUUAAGAUAAAUCAGAUGAAAUCUGGAUAUGAGGAAACAGAACAGACUCCAAUUACUUCUUUGGACAACAGCCCUACAGAUAUAUCUAAGACAGAUACUGCCCCUGCCUGCACUGAUAAUUAUGGACCACGAGGAAAGAAGGUUUCCCUAAGUCCCUCUGUUCGCCUUAAGGCAGAAAAGCUGGAAAUGGCUCUAAAUUAUCUUGGUAUCCAGCCGACAAAGGAACAACACCAAGCUUUGAGACAGCAAGUACAAGUAGACCCAAAGGGGACAGUGUCUUUCGGAGAUUUUGUCCAGGUUGCUAGGAACUUAUUUUGCUUACAGUUGGAUGAAGUAAAUGUUGGUACACAUGAAAUUUCCAACCUUUUAGAUUCGCAGCUCCUUCACUGUGAUUCUUUAGAGGCAGAUGAAAUGGAGAGACUUAAGCGUGAAAAAAAGGAUGCAUUGGAAGAAGUGAAUAGACUUAAGGAAAAAUUGUUUGAAUCAGAAAAACAAAGGAAACAAUUAACAGAAGAACUCCAGAUUGUGAAACAAGAAACCAAAGCUGUAGUUGAAGAAACAAGAGCCCUGAGAAGUCGAAUUCAUCUUGCAGAAGCUGCACAAAGACAGGCCCAUGGGAUGGAAAUGGACUAUGAAGAAGUGAUCCGUCUGUUAGAGGCCGAGAUUACAGAGCUAAAGGCUCAGCUUGCUGAUUAUUCUGACCAAAAUAAAGAAGAUGUUCAAGAGUUAAGAAAGAGAAUCACAGUACUUGACUGCCAAUUGCGAAAAUCAGAAAUGGCUCGGAAAACUUUUGAGGCAUCCACAGAAAAGCUGCUUCAUUUUGUAGAGGAUAUUCAAGAAGUAUUUUCUGAUAGUUCGGCUCCUUUAUCAAAUUUAAGUGAAAGAAGAUCUGUGCUAGCUUCUCAGACUUCACUCACGCCCCUGGGAAGGAAUGGACGUAACAUUCCAGCGAUGCUGGCACUAGAAUCUAAGGAACUUGUGAAAUCUGUUCGUGCAAUGCUUGAUAUGGAUUGUCUACCUUACGGGUGGGAGGAAGCUUACACAGCAGAUGGAAUCAAGUACUUCAUCAACCAUGUAACACAGACCACGUCGUGGAUCCACCCCGUGAUGAGCGCCCUGACCCUGUCCUGCUCAGAAGAGAAUGAAGAGGAUUGCUUCAGAGAACCUUCAGACCAGAAGAGCUAGUGGUUUCCUGUAGGAGACUGAGCCCCAUGGCCAUCUAGCCACAUGGACAGCUCUUGACGCAACAGUUCAAAAUAGGAGUAAGACACACACUACUUACCGUGAGAAAUGGAAUCUCUGGAUUUCGGCUAUUUUUGUAAAACUUUAUGGUGUCACUGUAUGCAUUUAUAGUAUCAGUUGUCACCAUAGUAGUUCUUUAAGAAUAUCGUA